CCUGUCACAUGUGUAAACGUAGAGGCUCUGAAUGAUGUUUAAUUACCUCCUGCUGCAGGCUUCAAUCCUGUGGAUCUGUCAGGGUGUUCAAAUGACUUUCACCAUGGUUCAUACAUCACAUUUUCUUAUGCUUGUUACAGAAGUAAACAGAGGCUGAAUACUACUUUGUGGCCCAGUCCGAGGUGUUUUCCGAGGUGGUGCCAGACGACCCUCCUGAAUGAAUGAGUGGGUGGGCCCCGACAUCAAUGUGGUGGGACAGCUGGAAAUCCCACCCAGCGAUGAAUUCUCCAUCCCAGAGAGCUCUCACUUGUUUGAUAUUCUGGCAGAUCAAAGCAGUCCUCUCCUGCAGGAUCCUGACAUCUUACCCUUCACCAGCUAUCCGAGUAUGCAGUACCCAUCUAUGGAGCCAGCCAUGUCUUCGACAACAUAUUACUCCAGUCAGAACUGCUACCCUCAGUACAAUGGAGAUGAAUGGUACUCACAAACAGGGAUAUAUGAACUAAGGAAAGGACCUCUGGAGGCUAGCUAUGACGCUGAGAUGGAGGAGACAGCUGUCGUGGUGCCUGCUGUGUGCAAGAGGACCCGGCACAUGUCGCAGGCAGGACGGAUCAAAGGGGAGGAACUGUGCGUGGUUUGUGGAGACAAGGCCUCUGGAUACCACUAUAACGCUCUCACCUGUGAGGGAUGUAAAGGUUUCUUCAGACGGAGUAUAACAAAGAACGCAGUGUACAAAUGCAAGAGUGGGGGAAACUGCGAGAUGGACAUGUAUAUGCGCAGAAAAUGCCAGGAGUGUCGUCUCAGAAAGUGCAAGGAAAUGGGCAUGCUGGCUGAAUGCCUGCUGACAGAGAUCCAGUGUAAAUCAAAAAGGCUGCGAAAGAACACCAAGGCCUCCCCAGAACUGUCCACGGGAGACGAAACAGAGGGGGCAGACAACACAGACAGCAAGCAGGUCACCUCAACCACCAAACUGCCAAAGGAGAAAGUUGAAAUCACCAAAGAGCAGCAAUCACUCAUAAAAGUUGUCCUAGAGGCUUACAACAGACAUCAGAUUCCUCAAGAUGUGGCCAAAAAACUGCUUCAAGACCAGUACAGUGCAGAGGAAAACUUCCUCUUGUUGACGGAAAUGGCAACAAGUCAAGUUCAAGUUCUGGUAGAGUUUACGAAAAAUAUUCCAGGCUUUCUCUUGCUGGAUCGAGAGGAUCAGAUCGCUCUGCUGAAAGGUUCGGCUGUGGAGGCCAUGUUUCUGCGCUCUGCUCAGGUUUUCAGCAGAAAGAUGCCCAGUGGACACACAGAGGUGCUGGAGGAGAGGAUACGGAAGAGUGGCAUUUCAGAGGAAUUCAUCACACCAAUGUUCAACUUUUACAAAAGCAUAGGUGAACUUCACAUGGUGCAAGAGGAACAGGCUCUCCUCACCACCAUAACCAUCCUAACACCAGAUCGACCUUAUGUAAAAGAUCAGCAGGCCGUGGAGAGGCUUCAAGAGACAAUGCUGGAUGUGUUGAGGAAGCUGUGUGUCCUGCAGCACCCGCUGGAGCCGCAGUACUUCGCUCGUCUCCUGGGUCGCCUGACGGAGCUGAGAACACUCAAUCACUACCACGCAGAGAUGCUCACGUCCUGGAGGACAAAUGACCACAAAUUUACCCCACUGCUCUGUGAGAUCUGGGACGUGCAGUGAUUCAGAGGAGAAAUCAGAGAUAUUGAAGACAACAUGAAGAAUUAAAGCUACGAGACAAAGGCAUGGACCAAAUUAAGCCCAGAUUUUUAUUGGAUUGUGUGAAGGUGUGCAAUUAAAUCUCUGCACAACUUCAUUGCCUCAGUGCUGCAGUGAGGAUCUGAGUUGACUCAAUGAACGGUGUAGUUUAUUCUUUGUGUUUACUCUGCUCAUGGACUUUAUAUGUACUGAGUGAUUCUUCAGUCUUAUAUCAGUGUGGAGAAAUUUGAAAUAUUUUUACCUUGUACAUCAUGUAAAGAAAUAUCCUGAAUUCCCAGCAUGAUUGGUGCGAAACACUGGAACUUUUUAAAAACAAAGCUGGCGCCCAUGGAGAGUGUAAAGUUUAGAUUAUAUGAAGUUUAAUAGUGGGUUUAUAUUUUAUUUGUGAAAGUCAUCGCACUUAUCAAAUGUACUUUCUGUAAAUAUGUGAAAGCUGUGUGUCCUGUCUCAAUAAAUAAGAUACAAAGG